AUGGGCGGGCGCAAGAAGCCGGCGUCGUCCAUGACGACGCUGCUGAUCCGCCUCGUCCUCACCGUCGUCGCCCUUCUGGGCGGGGCGGCGCCGCGGUGCGCGGCGUUGAACCCGCGCAUGCUGUUCCUAGUGAAGCCCGACCCGAUCGUGCUGCGGGACCACGGCGGCGCGCUGCUCACGGGGAACCUCACCGUCAACCUGCCCUUCUACAGCGCAGCGCGCGAUCGUGGUCGACUUCGUCCGCUCCCUCUCGGUCUCGGCCGCCGCGCCUCGCCCGGGAGCGGGACCGCCAUCGUCCUCGACGAGCUCAUCUCUCUGGGCACGGGCCGGGGCCCGCUCUCGCUGGGCAACGUCACGGCACUGGCGCGGGCCGUGGGGCACCACCGGGGCGCCAUCACCGCGGUGCUCACGGCCGCCGAUGUCCCCGUGGCGUCCUUCUGCGUGUCGCGGUGCGGCGUCCACGACCACGACCGCGGCGGCGCGCAGGGCCGGGCGCGGUACACCUACCUGUGGGCGGGAAACGCGGCGCAGCAGUGCCCCGGCCAGUGCGCGUGGCCGUUCCACCGGCCGACGUACGGUCCCCAGACCCCACCGCUGGUGCCGCCCAACGGCGACGCCGGCGUCGACGGCAUGGUCGUCAGCCUCGCCGCCCUCCUCGCCGGCACGGUCACCAACCCAUGCCAUGACGAAAAAGAGACAUCUGUUCCAGAAAUGUGGACGUCGGAGCUUCCCAAGAAAAAAAAAUAG